AAUAUGACGUCAUAUAGAUAAUUCGCUCGCAGGUCCCGAAAGGAGCCCCGACGAAACCUCUGACAGCCGAUGUUUAUCAAUAUCUAGCACUCAGUUCAGGGCAUUCGAAGAGCUCACUACUGAGAUGGUGACACCGGGUGCAGUCUUUCCUAUUGGCACUACAACAGGCAUCAUAUCUCAUUGGACAUAACCACAGAACACAGCCAGAAAACUUUGCCAAGACAAUCCCCUGAGAACGCCCGCCGCAGAGCAUCAUGACUCUGGGGAUGAAAGGCACACCCACUGGGGCAGGGGACACCGCACCCGAGGCCACACCCGUUGUUCCGCCACAGCCAUCACCACCACAGCAAGCAGGCAGCCAGCAGCCACCUGAGCCGACAGAAGGAGGUAGCGACGGGGGUGAUGAGAACACAGAUAUGGAGGAGCCUCCAUUCCCUGCUGAAUCGUUGAAUCGGCUGGAUGAGAUGAUCAACAAACCAAGAUGGGUUAUCCCUGUCCUGCCCAAGGGAGAAUUGGAAGUUCUUCUAGAGGCUGCCAUCGAGCUCAGCAAGAAAAAUCUGGAUAUACGCAGUGAAUCAUGCCAGAGGUUCUUCAGAGAUGGGCUAACAAUCUCCUUCACCAAAAUCCUCACAGACGAAGCUGUCAGUGGAUGGAAGUUUGAAAUCCAUCGCUGUAUCAUGAAGAACACAGAGAAACUGAUAGAGCUGUGUGUGAGCAAGCUAUCUCAGGAUUGGUUUCCCCUUCUAGAACUUCUAGCCAUGGCGCUUAAUCCUCUCUGCAAGUUCCAUGUGUUUAAUGGUUCGAGGCAGUCAGAAACGGUUCCAAUGGGUUCUCAGCUGAACAACAAUGACAUCUUUGCUAGACCUCCAGACAUCAGAAACCCAAAGGGUUGGUUAGUAGACCUGUUGAAUCGUUUUGGAGCCCUAGGUGGAUUUGAUAUCCUACAGGAGAGGUUCUUGGAUGAGAGUCAGUCUCUCAAUGUUCCUAUCAUCCAUGCUUUACUCAGGCCUUGGGGUCAGUGCUAUGAACUCAUCACCCAGCAUACUGUACAGACACACUUCAUGCCUAUUGUGGAUCGGGUGGUAGCCUACCUGGACGGUCUUUCAGAUGAUGAACUAAAGAAGGAAUCUAAGAAUGAAGCCAGGAACGAUGCACUCUCAUCUAUCAUCAAGGCUCUACGGAAUCUUGUUUCCAAGGUUCCCAAUCAGGAGGAAAAAAUCAAGAACUUAGAGAUGUUCAGACUCAAGAUGAUCUUGAGGUUACUUCAAAUCUCGUCUUUCAAUGGAAAGAUGAACGCACUGAACGAAGUCAACAAGGUGAUAGCUAACGUGACAUACUACACACACAAACAGACAGGCGUGGAUGAAGAGGAGUACCUCACAGCAGAGAGAAUGGCUGAAUGGAUCCAGGAGAAUAAGGUGCUGAGUAUUGUUCUCAGAGACAGUCUUCAUCAACCUCAGUAUGUUGAGAAACUGGAGAAGAUCCUAAGAUUUGUGAUCAAAGAAAAAGCCCUCACGAUGGAAGACUUGGACAACAUUUGGGCUGCUCAGGUUGGAAAGCAUGAAGCUAUUGUGAAGAAUGUCCAUGAUCUACUAGCCAAGCUUGCCUGGGACUUCUCCCCUGAACAGCUGGAUCAUCUUUUUGAUUGCUUCCAGGAGAGUUGGGCCACUGCCAGCACCAAGCAGCGAGAGAAGCUCCUAGAAUUGAUCCGUAGGCUAGCCGAGGACGACAAGGAUGGUCUCAUGGCCCACAAGGUCCUGUCCCUACUCUGGACCCUAGCCCACCAGCAGGAUGUCCCUACAGACAUCAUGGACCAGGCCCUGCAUGCCCACACCAAGAUCCUGGACUAUAGUUGCUCACAGGACCGAGACUCCCAGAAGCUGCACUGGAUAGACAAGUUUGUGGAGGAGCUCAGGAAAGAUAACUGGGUCAUUCCAGCUCUCAAGCAGAUCAAAGAAAUAUGCAGUCUGUUUGCUGAGGCACCGCAAAACUACCCUACUGCCCAGCGCUCCUCCCAUGUGCAAUAUCGGCAUGAUGUCAUCAACUCGCUGCAAACCAAACAUUCACUGGUGACUUUGGUGGCCGAGAAUCUCUCCAGUUACAUGAACCAUGCAAGGCAGUCUGCCAAGGAAAACCCAGAUCCCCAAAACAUACCCCCAGAUAGCAGGUAUAGCCAUGUACAACAAGUCCAGGAGAGGCUCAACUUCUUGAGAUUCCUGUUAAAAGAUGGGCAACUGUGGUUAUGUGCACCCCAAGCCAAAGAAAUCUGGCAUUGUUUAGCAGAGAACUCUGUGUAUGUGAGUGACAGAGAGGCAUGCUUCAAGUGGUUUUCAAAGUUGAUGGGUGAAGAGCCUGACCUUGAUCCUGAGAUAAACCGUGAUUUCUUUGAAGACAACAUCCUUCAACUCGACCCUGCACUGCUAACAGAGAACGGUAUCAAAUGCUUUGACCGCUUCUUCAAAGCGGUGAACUCCAAGGAGGGCAAGCUGGUCCCUAAGAGACGAGCCUUCCUCAUGGAUGAUCUGGAGCUCAUAGGUCUGGACUACUUAUGGAGGGUGGUCCUCUGUUCAGGGGAUGAGAUAGCGCUCAAAGCCAUAGAACUACUCAAGGAGACCUACACCAAUCUUGGACCAAAACUGCAGGCCAGUCAGAGUGAUAUACAUGAAGAUUUUAUCCAGUCUUGUAUGGACAGACUGAAAGCUAUGUAUGACACACUCAGAAUACUGGAGACAGACAAGGAAUGUGCAGAUAAGGUGCAGCAUGAAGCAACUAGAAUGACAAGAAUUCUGACAAUCUUGAAGGAGUAUAUUAGUGAAUAUGACCUGGACUUCACAGAAGAGAGAACCAUUCUACCAAUGGCAAGAGCUCACAGGGGCAAGCACGUGACCCUCAAUGUGAGGUUUCCAAACCAGGGCAGGCAGGUUGAUGACAUUGAUAUCUGGUCUCACACCAAUGAAUCCUUAGCUUCAGUCAGGAGACAGAUCCUUCUCAGAGCAAAAGCUAAUUUAGCGACAACGCGGUUAGACCUGUACAUCAAUGGGGAGCUUCUAGACCCUGCUGAAGAUAGGCGACUGGUUGGAGACAUUCCUCUCAGAGACAGAACACUCAUAACAGCUAAGCUGUGUCAGAUGGGGUCCAAUAUGCCAUCGUCACCUGAUAGUUCAUCGGACUCUUCAGGUGGAUCACCGCAUCAUCCUUAUGAUGGACCCAACGUGGAAGCAGAGAAGUGUCUUCCAGGAGUGCUGAUGUCUUUGCAACACACCUAUGUAGAGUUCCUGUUCCAUCUGUCUGACUUGGGCUGUAAUCUCAACAUAAGUCCUCUAAGGAACGGGGCUAGAGCGUUACUCAAAAUCAUGCCAGCAGAUGUGACUAUAGUUGACAAACUGAUAGAGAUUUGCAGGAACAAUGCCAAGCUUGGAGAUCAGUCGGCUUCUCCUUCCCUUGAAUCUCUCUUCUUUGGGUCGUCGUCAUCUCAGGUUCUCUAUCACCUUGAGGUUGUGUACUCAUUACUAAUGCCAGCCAGACAGCCGCACAGUGAACCAGCGUUUGAUUUCCAGUACAAUUUCUUGAAGAGCGGUGGAGUGUCUGGGGUGAUGAACAUGCUGACAAAGAAUAAUUUCUUGCCUAAUGCUGAUAUGGAGACAAGGAGAUCUGCUCUGCUGAUGGUGCUCAAGGUGGGUAAGCUCAUGUUCACCACGCUGGCCUAUGCCCGCAUCACGGCGGUAGCGGAGGCCUGCCAGACGGACCCAGCCGGUGGUCCCAGCCAGUCAUCCGUCUCCCAGACCACCCAUACUCAGGCAGUAGUCCUCCAGCAGGCCAUGCAACACAUCCCUAACCCUAAUGCUGAGUGUGUGCUGAGGAAUGUCGCUGUAAGGCUGGGCAGGCAGGCAGCUGAAGAGUCAAAGAGUGAUACCCUAGACCUAAGUGUUGUGAAAGCUAUCAAGAAGAUUGCCUGGUCGGCAGGCUGCGGAUGCUCUCACCUACUGCAUGGCUCAAACGAAGAGGUUCACAAAUCGUUCGAAAAGGCUGAUAGUGGUGAAGCAGAUGGAGAUGACGCAGCGUUGUGUAGGGAAGCACUGGAGGUGUUGACGGUAUGUCUGGCUCUCUGCCCUCAAGCAUUGGACGCUCUCAACAAGGACAAGGCCUGGCAAUGUUGCAUCAUAGAUCUUUUACUUCUAGCUAAGACAAGGUCUGUACGUGUAUCCGCUAUGGAGCAGUUUCAGCUAAUAGCUACCAAGUGUUCAUCAGGGAAUCGCCCCCUCAUCUUCUUCAUCACCCUCUGUUUCUCAGUCCUUCAGAACAAGACAAAAGAGCACCCAGGUUCCUGUAGUGAAUACUUCCUGUUGCUAUGUCGGUUACUCAACUAUGGCUACGUGUCCAACAGCUCCAUGCCCAAUGCAGAGGCUCUCCUCAACAAUGAAAUCGACUGGCUUAAGAAAGUUAGGGAUGGAGUAUUGACAACAGGAGAGUGUCUGUGUGAGGAGACUCUAUUGGAGGGUCACCAAGGUAUUACUAGAGAACUCCUGGCUUUCAUGACGAGUGAGAAGAAGUUCCAGGUUGGAUCCAAGAAAGAUGGCUGCCAGCUCAUCAAGGAGUUAUUGGAUGACUUCUUGUUCCCCGCAUCAAAGAUCGUCGUUCAGACGUUAAAGAAUGGAGCAGAGACACCUCUAGAUCCCGUCAUUCCAGUGUGCACGACCCCACCCACGAUCAACGCUGCUUUCGACCUCCUGGUGGCGCUCUGCAUGAACUGUGUGCCGAACCUCAAGCUUGUCACAGAUACACUGACUGACAUGUACUAUUCAGCAGGUAAUGAUGCACCCUUGACGGAAUGGGAAUAUCUCCCUCCUGUUGGUCCAAGACCUAACAAAGGCUUUGUGGGACUGAAGAACGCUGGAGCAACUUGCUACAUGAACUCAGUCUUACAACAGAUAUACAUGGUUCCUGAGAUAAGGCGAGCAGUCCUGUCAGCAGAGGGCGCUAUCAUAGAUACCGAGGAUGACUUCUACAAUGACGAGAAACAAGAUAACGAGAGUAACAUAGACAUUGUAGAAUCGGAGGUUGGUAGCUCUGUGAUAGAGGAAGGCCCUCCCAUGAGCAAACAGGAGGAGACAAAGGAGUACAACCUUGGUGUCUUGAAGCAUGUCCAAGCCAUCUUUGGUCACUUAGCAGAGAGCAAACUCCAGUACUAUGUACCUAGGGGAUUCUGGAAGCACUUCAAAUUAGGCGGUGAGCCUGUGAACCUUCGAGAACAGCAUGAUGCUUUAGAGUUCUUCAACAGUCUGGUAGACAGCCUAGACGAAGCGCUCAAAGCUCAUGGAGCCAACGCAGUCUUCGCCAAAGUACUGGGUGGCUCUUAUGCAGAUCAAAUGAUAUGCAAAGAUUGUCCUCAUAGGUAUUCUAGAGAAUCAAUGUUUACGACGUUGAACGUGGACAUUCGCAACAAUCAGAACCUGCUAGACUCCCUGGAGCAGUUUGUCAAGGGAGAUUUACUCGAAGGGGACAACGCAUAUCGAUGUGAAAAGUGCAACAAAAAGGUGGACACUGUCAAACGCAUGUGCAUCAAGAGGCUACCAAAGGUCCUUGCAAUUCAGCUCAAGAGAUUUGACUAUGACUGGGAACGGGAAUGUGCAAUAAAGUUCAAUGACUAUUUUGAGUUUCCCAAAGAAUUUGACAUGGAUCCUUACACGGUAGAAGGGCUAGCAAAAAUAGAAGGCGAGAUCAUCGCGGAUGAUGAGAGGGAGAACAGCGAGGAGGAAGAAGAAGGAAGCUCCAGAAGCACUAAGUAUAGACUAGUAGGAGUGGUUGUACAUAGCGGGCAGGCCAGUGGAGGUCACUACUACUCAUACAUUCUACAUAGGAAUGGUGGUGAUGGCAACCAGCAGGGUAAAUGGUACAAGUUUGAUGAUGGAGAAGUGACGGAGUGUCGGAUGGAAGACGAUGAGGAGAUGAAGAACCAGUGUUUUGGUGGAGAGUUCAUGGGUGAGGUCUUUGAUCACAUGCUCAAGAGAAUGUCGUACAGAAGACAGAAGAGAUGGUGGAAUGCCUACAUCUUACUCUAUGAGAGGAUGGACAACAACAAGAAAGAGCUGGACAAAGAGUUUGAAGGAAUCACAAUAGCACCCAAGAUGCUGUACAAGAUGCCUCCGGCCAUCCAGCGCAGUGUCCGCAAGCAGAACAUCCAGUUCAUGCAUAGUCGCAUGCAGUAUAGUCCAGAGUACUUCCAGUUCGUCCGGAAGCUGGUCACCUGUAACGCAGGUCUCUUCAGUCCCCCACAGGGUCAGGAACUGCAGCUGACGACCGAGUCGGAAGAACUAGCCAUGCUUAGUAUUCAGCUGGCUUCAAGGUUCCUCUUCACUGUUGGACUUCAUACCAAGAAGACGCUUAGAGGUCCAGCCAACGACUGGUAUGAUGCCCUCUACAUUCUGUUGAGGGUUAGUAAGAUGGUACGAAGAUGGUUUGCUCAGAACAUGCUCUUCUCAGAACCUGCCAGGUUCUCAGAGUAUCUUCUAGACUGUCCCAGCUCAGAGGUGAGGAACGCAUUUGCCAAAGUGAUUGUCAUCCUAGCUCACUUCUCACAGCAAGACGGAGCAUUCCAAUCAUCCUUGCAAGGAUCCACAUCACCAGAUAGCUCCACGACGCUAAGCAAUCACCUCUUGAGGGCGGUAUUAGAUCUACUGAAGAAGGAGGUGUCGGAACACGGUAGACACCUGACGCAGUACUUUCAACUGUUCCAGAUGUAUGCCAAUCUGGGAGUCGUUGAGAGAACACAACUUCUAAAGUUGAACGUUCCUGCCACGUUCAUGCUGGUGGCCCUAGAUGAGGGUCCUGGUCCACCUAUCAAGUAUCAGUACGCUGAGCUGAGCAAGCUCUACUCUGUGGUCUCCCUUCUCAUCAGAUGCUGUGAUGUCACCUCUAGGACAAAGUCAUCAAUGGCGGGUGUGAAUCCUCUACCUAACCCUCAUGGUGAUCACAUGUGCUCCAAGCCUAUCAUGCCCAUCCAGGCACAGGUAGCAGACCUUCUCUUCUCUCGAGGGGCGUACAUCAAGAAACUCAUCGAGGACUGCAAUAACUCAGAGGAGACGCCCAAGCUUCUCAAAUUCUGCAGCUGGGAGAACCCGAACUUCACCUUGGUGGUCCUAGGUGAACUGCUGUGGCAGGUGGCCUACUCCUACACCUAUGAGCUCAGACCUUACAUGGAUCUUCUACUACAGAUCCUACUACUACAAGACUCCUGGCAGAACCAUCGCAUCCUCAACGCCCUCAAAGGAAUCCCAGAUGAUCGGGACGGUCUUUUUGACACGAUCCAGCGGUCCAAGACGCACUACCAGAAGCGAGCGUACCAAUGCAUCAAGUGCAUGGUUGCACUCUUCAGUAACUGUGAGGCGGCACACAGACUGCUCCAGUCGCACGGUGAUCUCAAGCGAAAGUGGAACUGGGCUGUGGAAUGGCUAGGAGAUGAACUAGACAGGAGACCCUACUCUGGCAACACGCAGUAUACAUACAACAGCUGGUCUCCGCCUGCACAGAGCAAUGAGAUCUCCAAUGGUUACUUCCUCGAGAGAUCUCACAGUGCUCGUAUCACGUUAGAGAAGGCUUGCCAACUAUGCCCUGAGGAGGAACCUGAUGAACCUGAGAUGAUGGAUGAACAUGAAGGUUCUGACCCCCAGGACGAAGCCCCUGUCCCUUCAACCUAUCCACAAUCACUACCACACCUACAGACAGCUCCACCCAACAAUCAGCAACAGCAGCAAUCUAGUCCACCACCUUCAUCAUCCUCAUCGACAUCGUCAUCGCAGCAACAGUCACAGCAGCAGCCGCCUGUCACCGCACAAAACAGUCAGAUGCAGCCACAAGUGCCCAACAACCAGCAACCAGCCCACGACACUCCCCCAACCUCAGGCCAGGUGGGUAGCCUCCACAAGCACCCUAACACCAUCAACAACACUCUGCAUAGCCCAGAGCAGGGGGGCACUACCAGCCCUACCACCACCACCACUACCACUACCCCUGCACCUAACCCGCCAACCAGCCCACCGGAGGAGCAACUAGAUGAGAAGAUAGAAGGUGGUAACAACAAGGAGACUUAGUUUGUGGGCCGCCCAAAGAGGGUGCUGCUUUUAGACAGACAGCAAUGGCAGCAAAAUCCCUUGAGGACUUAGUGGAAGAUAGUCAAGGAUCAAGUAAGGAUGCUUCUGUUAUAUGGCAUCUACACAUCCCUUGGAGGCACCUUUGAUGGUUUGGCAUUGAUUCACAGAGCACUACAGAGCACUUAGUGGAUAUUGGUGUAUCCUUUGAGGAACACUUUUCUUUGGUCAAAGACCAAGGGGCAAGGAUGCUUCGUUUGCAUGGCGUCUACAAAUCCCCAAGAGGAACUUCAUGAUUUAUCAAUGUUCUAAAGAGCAUUUUGUGGAUAUUGUAUCCUUGGUUGAGGAAUAAGUGAGGAUGUUUCCUUUGCAUGGCGCCUGCAUAUCUUCUAGAGGAACUAACAAAGAUGUAGCCAUGUUCUAAAGAGCGGUUAGUGGAUAUUGUUCUAUUCCAGCUGAACUCUUCACCAAGAAGGAAAUUCCUGAUCGCAUUGUUCUCUUUGCUUGGAUACAUUGCGAUGCUGAGGAUCGUCAAAGGCUAAGUGUUUGGAGAUAGCGACAGUUCUGUUCAAGUUUUAUCAAUAGAGGAGAACUGAUUUUUGUUUUGUUAAACAGCACCCUAGCUGUUUGUUUCUGAACCAAUGUGUAGCUCCUACAUACUUUUCGCUAGUAGGGUAAAUUAUACAAUAGUCGUUAUAAAGGAAAGGAGAGGAGUCAGACAUGCAAGCAUGUAGAAAUAAGGAUAUUUCCUGUAAUAUUGCAAAGCUUUUCUUGAAAGGUAAGGCUUGUUUCAGCACAAAGCAGUUAAACACCUCACAAAAUAUGUGAUCAAAUGAAAAUCACUUCAUAUCUAUAUUAUCUGCACCUUGUCCAUAUGGAAGGGUUAUUUUGUUGGGGUAAUGUCUUACCCUGCCUAUACUCACUAAUCUGUAUGUUAUACAUACCGGUAUUAGUAUCUGUAUGAUAUAGACAACAGUGGUGCAUAUUGUGUAUGGUAAGGUCUGUUGAGAGCCAGAAGGCUGUUGACUCUCUUUAAAAAGGGAGUUAAAUGCCAUUCUGGCAAUUUCAUUUUACUGAUGGGAUGUUUAAGUUGUAGUUUACUGCCUCUUAAUAGACCAAAAUUAUCUUUCUACACUGAAAUUUUUGGGGAAAAUGUUAAAUAUCUGGCUAGGAGGUAACUAUGGAUGAUGCCUAAUAGGAAUGCAUAUUGAUGAACUUUAAAAUGUGUUUGCUUGGUAAAGGUGGAUGCGUAUGUGUGUAAGAUAACCCAUAGACAGGAGAAUGGAUUAAGCAGCUGGUUUAAUGUGCAGCUUGAUACUGUUUAGGGGCUUCCCCUGAUUCUGUUAGGGGCUUACCCUGUUCAUUUUCAAAACUUGUCAUCAGUCAUUGAGACUAUUCAUUAUUAAUGGAUUUCUUGAAGACCAUCCCAUCGGUGCCCCAUUUCAUGAAAGUCUUAUUGAAUAACAACUUCUACUUUCCUUUGACAAAUCUGCCUAUAAGACAAAAAAUAAGAUAACGCCAAUCACCUUUUCAAUCAACCUUGGACUCCACUUUCAAUAUCUCACAAGUUGUGUGCAUGAGUUUGUUUGGGAUUCAAUCUGUACAGAGAAGCAUGCAAGCACAAUGUAACAUGUUACCCAUUACAUUCAAACUAAUCGUUCCUAGUUUUGCAAACCAGUGUACAUACAUGCUAUGGUAUAAGUACAGGAGAUAUAUCACUUUGCAAGACUCUUCAAUUAAUACAUUACAGCAUCUUGCAUGUUCGAAUUGAGGGAAAUGUAGAAAGAGGAAAUUCUGGGAAUGAAUAUAGCAUUUCUCUGCAAUAUUCAGGGAGAUGUUUUUUAUUCUAACUAUGAUUCAAUUUGUAUAUGAUGUGAUUGAUUACAGUGUACAUGAAAACUAUGGGUUUGUUACAUUAAUGAAGCAGUAACUUUCAUAUAGUAAAUUCUGUCUAGAUGUGAUGGAGGUUACAAGAAUGCAAUGUAACACGAGUUUUAAAUUGGCAACAUAUCUUUCAAGAAUGUAAAUGCUUAGAUAACUUGCAUGGGCAAUAGUUAUCGCGAGAGCAUCUAUUUAACCUUAAAGCACCAUGUGUCUGUUUGUGCCCUUAUGAAAUGACGUCAUGUAUCGCUCUAAAGCUUGUCAUAGAAUGUGUCCAAAGUUUGUGGGUAGUCGUGCACUGUUGAGCUGUGUUAAGAAAUAUAGCACCUCUCUCUCUUGAAACAAGUUGGGGAUUUUGUGCCGUUUUAAGUUCAUCCAUAUGACUGACGGAUAAUAAGUUUUUUUGUGUGUGUUAUUUUUUAUUGUGUUGGUUGAUAUGCAAUGAGACUUGUUUUGUUUUUAUAUAGAUUUGAUCUUUAGCUGUUUAUUUGUUUGUAAAUAUGCAAUUAUCUUUGAUAGAGAACAGAAUGGAUUUAAAUAGAUAUCUGUUUCUGUCUUUCUCCCCUCCUCUAUUUCUAUCUGCCUGUAUGUCUCUCACUCUCUCUCUCAGUGUUUGUCUCUCUCUGUCUCUCUCUCGCUCACUCUCUCUGCCUGUCUCUUUGUCUCAUUGCAUGUUCUCACAUCUUAAGUGUCUCACUUCUCUGAUUAUAUGACUCUGUUUUCUCCAUUCUCUGUCUCUCCUUUCCUUCCUAUCUCCCUCUCCUCCUUCACCUCCCCCCUCUCUCUUUCUUUCUUUCUCUCUCUCACAUACACACACACUUUUUCUCUCCCCUAUCUUUUUUGCCAUCAAACAAUCACAUUUGCAGUUCUUGUAGUUGAUGCCAUUUGAUUCAAGUUAUUUAAGUUGAUACAAUUUCAAUGAAGGAUGUAUAAACAUUUAAUACAUCAUAUGUUUAUUUAUAUUGAUUUAAUGUAUCCUUCUUAAACGGUUAUGUGUACAGGCCUAAGAAGUGAUGACAGAUUUUUUAUUUUUGUUUCCCUUUUCCCCCAAAGACUAGUUUUUAAGAGUCAUCUACACUGAUGUUGGUAAUUUUAUGGACAAUUUUUCCCUCACUAUUUAGUCAUUCCGAGCCUGUGCUGGGAAAAUACUUUUCCAAUCAUUAACAUUCAAGUCAGUCUAAAAGUCAAACAGGAAAUAAAUAAAUUUAGUCUUACAGGAGUAAAUGAAAGAUCUCAACUUUCUACUACUCCGCAUACGGUGUACUUGGGGAAGGUCAACAAAGACUGUUAUUAUAACAUAAUUCCCAAUACAGAUGUUUUAUUUUUUUACUAAAACUACUACAUUUAAGAAGGAGGAAAAGGGUUUGUCCUAUUACAUUUCACCCCAUUUUUUUUAAAUCAAGAAAAAAUUGAGCUAUGUGUGAGCUAAAUCUGUGUCUGUUAUUGUUAAUGUAAAAAGAAAUAAUAUUGAAGCCAUAAUAUGAUAUGAAAUAGGUAUACUCGUAAAUAUUUGUCUUAAUUAAUUGUGAGAGGUAGGUUGUUUGUGAAAUUGUAUUCACAGCGUUUGACAGUGCACAUUCUCACAAAGAAAUAUGUCAUUGAAUGGAAAUUCCCCUCAAUGUUAGAAAUGCAUAUAAACUAUAAAUACUAUGUUUGAUUCUGUUUAUAUUAUUUAAAUUCAUCUAUUCCAAGAAGUAUCGUGUUUUUUUAUGUGUUUUUUUCCUCAAUGGAUUUCUAUGUACCCAGCGCAUGUAAAACUACCGUUCAUAUAUUUAAAAGUCGUUAUAUUUCGAUGUGAAUGGGAGGACUUAUUUGAUAAUGGAGUGUGUUUUUGCUAUGAAAAAAAAAUGGAAGAGACACUGUAAAAUUUAUGGAAGCGACAUUGUAAAAUUGAUGGAAGAUAUUUUGCACUGAUUAGGUUUCUAUUGUGUUUUAGAUAGUCACAAAUGAAUAUAAGGAUUUAAGCAGACUGAAAGGAUGUAUGUAUGUAUGUAUGUAUGUACUUAACAUGUACUAUCACUGUAUGUCUUUAAAUAUUACGUAGAUAAAUAAGAAUGAGCCCUCGGUCCAUUAUAUUGUGGAUUUCUUAGGCAUGUAAAGUAAUAUGAUUCUCAAAGCUUUUAUAGGCUUGCUCUGUGUUUACAUUUAAUCAUAUUAUGUAAAGAGAGAAUGAUGUAAGAAUGAAUUCUGAGCCAUUUUUGCUUCACAAUUGUUGGCUUAUGAGAUAUAUUGUGACACUAAGUGCUGUUUUUUUUCUUUUUUGUUUGUUUCAUCUGGAAAGAGCAAGUUUCAAUGAGGAAUAAAUGAUAGCUUAAGAUAUUAAA